AUGUUGUCAAGAAUAGCCCGUGCCCCACGUAUGGGUUUGAUUGCCUCGCAUCUUUACAAAUCAGCCGCUUCUCCCACAGUACGUAGGCAAGCGGUUGGUAUCAUCUCCCCUUGGACUCGAACAUUUGCAAGUACCGAAAACAAUCCCAUCAACAACCAAAGCAAAAAGCAGCCUUCGCCAUCGUCCUCGUCGCAGUCGGACGCCGCUCUCGAAUCUGCCUCAUCUCAGAAGCCAACUACACCCGCCGAUGACGCUAAAAACGCUCCAAAGGAGCCAGAGCCUACUCCUUUUCACAAACUACCUGAUUUGACGCAAGGUAUUCCUUCAACUCUCGACGAGGAAUUGCGAAAGCAAUCGGGCCAGUCUCAGUCUGCUUUGGAGACUGUCGAUCAAGAAUCGGGAAGUGGCGGAAAGCGAGAGCGGCCCGAGUACGUUUCAACAAGCGAUCGCAAUCGCAAAUGGUGGACCCGAUUCGUUUUGCUAGCCGCUGCUAGUGGAGGUGUCUUUGGAGUACUCUACAUGGGCCGGAACUGGGACGAUGUUAUAGAAACCGAACGCCACAGCGACAUUCCCAACGGUUGGACCCCUACCCUUUGGUGGCACAGAGUAAGAGCUCGUAUGGGCGAGUCCGUCUCCUACUACCAGGAUCCUGCCUUCGAUAAGCUCCUCCCCGAUCCUGACCCCAGCUUCGAACGCCCUUACACUCUUUGCUUAAGCUUGGACGAUCUCCUUGUGCACAGCGAAUGGACACGCGAGCAUGGCUGGAGAGUUGCCAAACGACCUGGCAUGGACUAUUUUGUCAGAUAUCUGAGUCAGUACUACGAGUUGGUUCUUUUCACCAGUGUGCCGUUUGCCAUGGGUGAACCAAUUGUUCGCAAACUCGACCCCUUCCGCUUCAUUAUGUGGCCAUUAUAUCGCGAGGCAACCAAGUACGAAGAUGGUGAGAUUGUCAAGGAUCUUUCCUACCUGAACCGAGAUCUAUCCAAGGUCAUCAUCAUCGACACUAAAGCCCAGCACGUACGCAAGCAGCCAGAAAACGCCAUCAUUCUGGAUCCAUGGAAAGGAGAUAUCAAGGACAACGAGCUAGUGGGACUAAUCCCCUUCCUGGAAUACAUCCACACCAUGCAAUACUCGGAUGUUCGAAAGGUUCUCAAAUCCUUCCAGGGUAAGCAUAUCCCGACCGAGUUUGCCCGUCGUGAGGCUAGUGCAAGAAAGGAAUUCAACAAGGAACUGGAGCAGAAAAAGAAGACGAAGAAGUCUGGAGUGGGCGCACUGAGCAACCUCUUGGGUCUCAAGUCAAGCAACUUGAGCAUGACCAUACCCCCUGAGGGCGAGCAAAACCCAACAGAGGCUUUUUCUCAGGGCAAGAUGUUGCAGGAUCUUGCCAGGGAGCGAGGACAGCGAAACUUUGAGCUUCUAGAGAAGGAAAUCCGCGAAAAUGGCGAGAAAUGGCUGAUGGAGGAGCAACAAGCCAUGGAAAAGGCGCAACAGGAAGCCAUGAAUAGCAUGAUGGGAUCCUUCUUGGGUUGGUUCGGACCCAAGCCUAAAAGCGACGCAGUAGGCGCAGAGAAAAAGGCGUGA